AACUCAGCGUUCGUUUCCCCCGUUUCCUGUCGGCUCUUUCCUGAGCGUGACACAACAAAAUGGCGGAGCGGGAAGAAGCUGUGAGGGGAUUCGUCGCUGUUACUGAUGUUGAUGAAGAGAGGGCCCGUUUCUUCCUCGAGUCAGCCGGCUGGGACCUACAGCUUGCUUUAGCUAAUUUCUUUGAAGAUGGAGGAGAUGAUGAUAUUGCCACCCUCCCUCAGCCAGAGUCUGGCUCUGUCAGUCGAUCCACAGGGCCAAGUGAACACAGAGUGACGUCCUUUAGAGAUCUGAUGCAUGAGGAUGAAGAUGACAGUGGUGAGGAAGAAGGCCAGAGGUUCUUUGCUGGAGGCUCAGAACGCAGUGGGCAGCAGAUUGUUGGUCCUCCAAAAAAGAAGAGCUCAAAUGAGCUGGUUGAGGACUUGUUUAAAGGCGCUAAGGAGCAUGGGGCGGUUCCUGUUGACAGAGCAGGCAAAGGACCUGGGGAAUCCAGCAAGUCCAGCAAGCCGUUUGGGGGUGGUGGCUAUCGAUUGGGUGCAGCACCAGAGGAGGAGUCGACUUACGUGGUAGGAGAAAGGAGACAAUCUGGCAGUGUACAAGAUGUGCAUGUUGUGCUGAAGCUAUGGAAGACUGGCUUUAGUCUUGAUGAUGGCGAGCUGAGGAACUACAGCGAUCCUGCGAACGCCCUCUUCCUGGAGUCGAUCCGCAGAGGGGAGAUUCCUCUGGAAUUGAGACAGCGCUUCCGGGGUGGGCAGGUAAACCUAGACAUGGAGGACCAUCGGGAUGAAGACUUUUCCAAACCCAAACCUGUUUUCAAGGCCUUCACUGGAGAAGGACAGAAACUUGGCAGCGCCACUCCAGAGUUGGUGUCGCUCCAGAGAAGCCCGCAGGACCAGGCUGCCAGCGAAGCUGAGGCUAGUGCUUCCAUCAGUGUGGACAGCUCUCAACCUGUCACUAGCAUCCAGAUCAGACUGGCCGACGGAGGCCGGCUGGUGCAGAAGUUCAACCACACCCAUAGGGUGUCUGACGUGCGUCAGUUUGUGGCGAGCGCUCGCCCCGCUUUAGCUGCCACCGAAUUCGUUCUCAUGACCACCUUCCCCAACAAGGAGCUGACGGACGAGAGCCAGACACUGAAGGAAGCCAACCUGCUGAACGCAGUCAUCGUCCAGCGGCUAAAGUGAUAGCGUCACCCGGUGACUGGCUUUAAUAAAGCACUCUGGAGUUGGAGAUACCGGGACUGAAAGGACUUCUAAUUACUUAAUUUUGUUUUCUUUAGUGAUAUGUUAUUCCUCUGUGACAGUUUUGGGGUGGUGGGUGAGUUUCAGAUAAAGCAAAAUGGAGAUGAAGGGGAAGCAAUCACACUGUGAUACAGUUAAAGGGACGGAGGGAGGAACCGACGAGAAGAGCUAACAAGUUUUACGGUUUUAGAAUAACUGCUGAACAUAUUCAGACUGAAAUAAAGAGCUUUCUGAAGA